AUGAUCUUUCACAGACAUAUUGCAUCUCCAUUGCGUCCUCUUCCUCGUCUUCCUCCUCGUCCUCGUCCUCGUCCUCCUCCUCCUCCUCGUCCUCCUCCUUGUCCUCCUCCUCGUCUUCGUCUUCGUCUUCGUCUUGGUAAUGCGGCCAUGUCCCAAGAUAUCUCUGCCGCCCUCAUAAGUAGCCCAAUCCCGGUCGCCCUUUUUCCACAGGAUAGGGACGGGUCUGACCAGGCAAGCGUACUACCGGUAGUCGCUACUUCGAACAUGAAUCAAGGUCUAGAACCCCUGUCGCCUUUAUGUGAAAGCCAAAAUCUGCCGACACCGAUACCGACACCGUCACCGUCACCGUCACCGUUAUUUUCAUUAUCGCCUUCAUCGUCGCCUUUACCGUCGCCCUCGUCCUUCGCUGCUAUCAGAUCAUCUCCAAGUCAUCCUCAUUCCCACGAUGCUAAGAGCAUCGUACAGAACGGUGUAGCUGCAUCUACAUCUCCGCCGGCUGUCCCGGCUUCCAGCUGCUCUUCAACGCUUCCGGUGGAUGGAGUGAGCCCAAAGAAUCAUUCUACAGUCGCGCCACCCUCCCAGAUCACUUUAGGGAGUCCUCCUGAUAUCCUUUCAUCGCAACCCCCCCUCUCAAAUACCUCAGCGACUACCCCGAAUCCCGCAUCUCAAUCAACGCCAAAGCCUACAUCUGAUUCAUCGGCUACGGGUGCAGUUAUGCCUGUACCUAACACCGACGAGAGCGAACCAUUACGAGACGACGCUAUGAGAGGCAGAGCGAAGGCGGCUUUCGACGAAGCUGUGAAAAACAGCAGGGCCAAGGCCAUACUAGAGGCGAGAGAAGCACAUCGCAGGCGUAACUAUGCCUCCACGAGCGCCCUCACCGACUACGAAGCAGACCUUACAGGCAAGGAUCGCGCGAAGCAAAAGGAAGCGGUCAAGAGAUACCUGGGUGAAAAAGUCAAGAAUGAUUGGAGCUGGGAGUGGCCACGGCCAGAACCAUCGCCCGUAGGAUCGGUUGAGCCUCCUGUGAAGCAGCCUGAGCCCGAGCAGUCAUCAGAACCUCCAGAAGCCGAAGUAGCAGACGAGGUUGAUCUACUGGAGAGUAAUUUCGUCGAGGAUCAUUCUGAACACUCCCAAGGAGAAUGGAAAGAAAGAGACGAGUGGUUGAGCAAUGCCAGUGACGAAGAUGACCUGAAGGUGCCCGCUCCAAGAAAUACAGCCUCAAGCCACGAUACGCCUACACCGACAAGCAAGAAUAGUCCCACACCUCCAAUCAGUGUAGAAUCCGUGGGAGAAACGACCAACAACGCUCGAGAAGAGCGAAAGUGUCGGCGGAAGAAGCGUCUGGCGGACGAGUUGAUCUGGAAUGAUGGGUUGAGAUGCUUUGUUGCUCGGCGAGAUAACUGGACUGGUGCAAGGAAGGUCAAAAGGCAGUCGUCUGCAUUCCCUUCAGCCAAGAAGACUCCCACGAGAGGCUCUCUGUCUAGUGCGGAUCGGCUUGACUCUGAUGCAGCCGAUCUAGAAGACGAUGAUACUUUAUGGGAAGACGAUGUUGAGGUCCCCAUCGCGCCUCCCAUUCUUCCUCCUGACAAUGCCAUGCGAGCAUCCAUCCUCCCUUCGGCGUACAACACCAUCUACGACAAGGUGGUCGUCCAAGCUCUCUCGCCUAGCUGUCCCAUGAACCUGAAGGAUGUCACCAGGAGCUGUGUCCAGGGGUGGAAGCGUGACGGGGAAUGGCCACCUGAAGCCAGCGUGCCCGACACCUUGAGGAAGAAGGCUAGGAAGUUGAGCGUGGCGAGCAUCUUGGGACUUAAUGAAAGGGAGAGGGCUGCCGCUUCCGCUCCCAAGGAAGAACGGGACGCGAAGAACCGGACCCACGACAAAGAUGACAAGGAUGGGAAGGGUGGCAGUCUCCGGAAUAGCCUUCAGAAGAUGCUGCAUUUGGGCAAGCGAGGGGCUUGA